AUGGAUAUUGAGGUCUAUGGAGAUGCGUUCACUCUGAAGCUGGCCGGACGCUCCAUGACAUUCCUCUUCAGCCCGCCUGCCAUUCAACACUUCUUCUCGGCGCCAGACGCUGAGAUUGCCUUCAGGCCGGCUAUCCAGCCCUUCACGCAGAGGGUGUUUGGGCUGCCAUCAGACAGGUUCUUCCCAAAACAUUCCGCCAUGCUGGCAGCUCUGAGGGGCCUGCUCGCCCCUGACAGCCUGCGCAGCCGACUGCAGCCGGUGGCAGCUGCCAUGCAGAAGCGGCUGCACGCAUUGUGGGGGGACUGUGGUGAGGUGGGCCUAUUGGAGGCAGUGAAGGAGGUGCUGUUUGCACCGACGGUACAAGCGCUCUUUGGCGCGGAGUUUUGCAGCCGCCACGGCCCGGCGGCGCUGGCUGAUGCGUUUUUCAAAUUUGAAUCCGGAUUUGAACUUGCCGCCUCGCCGCUGCCGCACAUCCUGCAGCGCAGCUUCUCCGCAUCGCGCGCCCGGCUUCUGGCUAGUUUCCGGGCAUCUCUGGCGGCCGGGGACUUUGAAGGGGAGCUGAUAGGCGACCUGAUCAGGCAGAGUGAGAUUGAGGCUGACCUGGCGCCCAAUGCCAUGCUGGCAGUGCUGUGGGCCGCCCUGUCCAACAGUGUUCCUGCUGCCUUCUGGUCGACGGCGUUCCUAUUACUGCCACAGCACUGCAGCCACUUGGACGCUGUUCUGAAGACACUGCCGCCGGCACUGCCAGCUGGCGCCACAUCAGCAGAGACCUGUGAAUACCUAGAGUCUCUUGUUCAGGUGGCGUUGGAUCGUAGGGGCCCUCUGGCGGCCACGGUGGCAGAGGCUGUUCGGCUUCGCUCCCCGGGCGUAGAUUUGCGCAUGGCCGCAUGUGACACGUGCAUGCCUAUGGACGACGGCCGCCAGCUCAGCAUAAAAAAGGCAUGCAACCUCAGUCAGCGUUGCAUACGAAUCACACAGUCCGGGCAGCUUCUUGCAGUUUCGCCAUAUGAGAGCCACCUGGACGAGCGCCUGUUCGGGUCGCGCGCAUUCGAUUAUAACCCCUGCCGGGGGGACCUGGCCGCCGUUACGGGCGUGGCCGGCAUCGGCGGCGUGGCCGGCUUUGCUUUCGGCGGCGGCCGAUAUAGGUGCCCUGGGCGCUUCUUUGCAGAGGCAGAGAUUGCUCUUGUGGUGGCUCUGCUGCUUUCCAGAUACAGCCUCACUCUGUCCACCAGAGCUCAGGAGACAGGUCGGCGUGCGCUGGCCGAAGAGUGA